ACGAUCAUUAAACAUGGAAUGUUUUACAAUCUUCCAUUGAUAGAGAUGAUCAUCUAUGUGAUCAAGUUUCAGUUCCAAAAGAAAAUGGCCGAAAAACAAAAGUUUCAUAAAGUAGUUUAUCCUGUUCCACCACCAAUUCCGGAAAAAACAAGAAAGCAAAUAGGUGAAAAAGUUAAAUCAAUAACAGUUAAUGGCUUAAGUUGUUCAGUUGAUACGGAGAGUCGUCAGACAAAUGGAUAUUUAAGUGAGGGAGAAGUAUCUUCUGCGCUAAGCGAAUUAUCUUCUUCAGAUCAUGAAUCUAGUUUAGAUGGUUGGGACAAUUAUCAAAAUUCAGUUGCGGAUGGUUUAUCAGAAAAUAACGAAAAAAAUAAUCAAAAUGGUAUCGAUUAUUCAGACAACGAACAAAAUUUGAAUUUUGAUUGUUCGGAUGGAGACUCGAUCGAACCAUAUUAUGAUCACGAGUCUCCAAACGAAAAUAAUAAUAUGAAUGGAGUAAAAUCAUCAAAAGAAGUUUCGGAAUCACCUUUUAUAUCAUCACCCUUAAAUGACAAAAAAACCAAUAAAUCAAAUACGAAACCCAAAAGACCACCGCCUGAACCACCAGAUUACAAUAAUAAUAAUUCUAAGAACAAUUUAGAAGCAGGCAGUAUAGGAGGUGGAGGACGAAAUAUUAAUGAAAGCGAAGAUGAAAAAAGUAUUAAUUCGGCAGAUUUUGAAGGCACCGAUGAUGAAUAUCCAAGUUUAAAUUUUAUUAAAUCCAAAAUUGAAGAAAUUUCCAAAAAAAAGAGUGGAAAGUGGGCAAUAUUACGAGAUUUACAAGCCGAAAAUUCCGAGGAACCUGAACAAGAGCAAGAGCCAGAUGCUAAAUCCGAGAAUGGAAUUUCUACUAAUAUAUCAGAGAAAAAUUCACCACCACCAAAGUUUAAACCUUUUGAGGUUUCAUUGUUAAUAAAUAAUAAAGGGAAAGAAGAUAAACCAAAUGGUAUAUGUCUUGUGUUGACAAGUCCCAUAAUUUCAAAUCACGAACGAAAUGAUUUCAGACUUUUUCCAAAUCACACAAGAAAUGAACCAAAUAAUUUUUCAAAUUACGAAAAAUCCGAAACUGGACCAUUUUCAAAUCACUCCCGUUCAGAAUUAAGCCCCUUUCCACUUUAUGAUCGUUACGAAGCAAGUCUUUUUUCGAAUCUCGAUCGAUACGAAUCAUUUCUUUAUUCUAAUCAUGAUCGAAUUGAUUCCGGACGAUUUUCGAAUCAUGAGCGAACAGAUUCUGGUCGAUUUUCAAAUCAUGAACGAACAGAUUCCAAUACUUCAUCUUUUAACAGACCAGAUGAUGACAUUACGGCAUUUCAUCAUCAAAUACCCUUUAGCUUAAAACGUUAUAACGAAGAAUCUUCACCUCCAUUAGGACCAUUAUAUAAGAGACCACGACCUAUGUCUAACGGGAUGCAUUACUCUGAAUCUUUGAAUCAUCAUAAUAAUAGUAUUUAUGGACCACCACCUACAGGCCCAAGUGGGAUGUCUGGAAAUGGAAUGAUGGGUCGAGGGAGAGAAGAACCAUAUCCAUAUUAUCACAGAAAUGAUUAUCGACCAAACGCACCACCACCUUAUAUUGAUCGUCCAGGUCCAUAUGGCAGAGGUCAUAUGAAUAAUAAUAUUCCAAGGCGUCCUUCUGGAACGCCAGCUUCAAGACCUUUAACACGACCACCGGAUCGUCCGCUACGUUUAAAUAAUUUUAUAUAUGCGGACAUUAUGUGA